GAGAACCCUGAACGCAGCAUACAGAGCAAUGAAUUGAGGGUUGAGAAGGACGGUGAAACAAAAAUGGACAUCGAUCGAAAAUAGGCUGGUGAUCUGUGUCAGAACUCUGACGGGCACUUCACAGAAAAGAAAAGUGAAAGAGGCCAGAGUUCAGAGCCAUGGAGGCUCGCUUUGGGAAUAUUGUGUUUAGCUCCAAGUUUGACUCAGGGAACCUGGCACGCGUGGAGAAGGUGGAGAAAGGCAACUCCAGCCUUUCUUCUGACACACCUGCUAGUGGAAGCUCCUCCUCUGGGUCAAGCCUCACCCCUGAUUAUGAGUUCAAUGUGUGGACGCAGCCAGACUGUGCCGGCACAGAGCACGAGAACGGAAACAGAUCAUGGUUUUACUUCAGUGUGAAGGGGGCAGCACCUGGGAAGUUACUGAAGAUCAAUGUGAUGAACAUGAACAAUCAGAGGAAACUCUACAGCCAAGGCAUGGCUCCUCUCGUACGCACUUUACCGGGCAAAACCCGCUGGGAAAGGAUACGAGACAGACCAACAUCUGAGAUUGUAGAUAACCAGUUCAUCCUUUCAUUCACUCACCGGCUAUUGGAGGUGAGAGGGGCUACCACCUAUUUCUCCUUCUGCUACCCAUUCUCUUACACAGAGUGCCAGGAGAUGCUGCAGCAGUUGGAUCAGAGCUACCCCAGGGCUGCUCAGCUCAGUCCGAGCAGUACUCCAGGCACUGUGUAUUAUCAUAGGGAGUUGCUAUGCCACUCUCUAGAUGGCAAUAGGGUGGACCUUCUCACUGUGACCAACUGCAGCGGGAUGCAGGAUGAACGGGAAGCCCGUCUGCCCAAGCUGUUUCCUGACACCAACACUCCAAGACCACACCGCUUCCCUGGCAAAAGGGUGUUUUUUCUCAGCAGUCGCGUGCACCCUGGGGAGACUCCCUCAUCAUUUGUGUUUAACGGUUUCCUCAACUUCAUCCUGAGAAGAGAUGACCCACGUGCACACGCGCUGCGCAACAUGUUUGUGUUCAAGCUCAUUCCCAUGCUGAACCCAGACGGGGUUGUCCGUGGACACUACAGGACGGAUUCCAGGGGUGUGAACCUGAAUAGACAAUACUUGAACCCCAGCCCCGAGUUACACCCGUCCAUCUAUGCAGCCAAAACACUGUUGCUCUACCACCACACACACAACCGCUUGCACAAAACACAGCCAAGCACUCGUUCUAACGGCCCCACCCAUACAGAGCCCCCAGCUGCUAAAACAAAACCUGCAAAUCAGCAUGAAGCACCUCCCCUCACUGCCCUCGAAGUCACCUUAAACCAACGGAACGCAGAGAAAGAUGCAAAGCCUGCGCAGCCAGAGGUCCCCGUGACGAUGGAGGAAAACGCCUGGGCUACCUCGGAGGCGGAGAAGGGAGAUCAGAACAGCUCAUCGAGCUCCACAGAGACUGUAGUUCCAGGAGCUGGAGAUUUAGCAGUACCACAGGUGGAGGAACAGGAGUCGGUGCCACCACAGGAGGGGGGUGUGGCAUAUUAUGUCGACUUGCAUGGGCACGCGUCUAAACGUGGGUGUUUCAUGUAUGGAAAUAGCCUUCCUGAUGAGAGCCAGCAGGUCGAGAACAUGCUGUAUCCAAGGCUGAUCGCUGUGAAUUCUGCCCACUUUGAUUUUCUGGGCUGUAACUUCUCUGAGAAAAACAUGUACGCACGAGACAAGAGAGAUGGCCAAUCUAAAGAAGGCAGCGGUCGGGUCGCCAUUCACAAGGCAAUAGGGCUGCUUCACAGUUACACUCUGGAGUGCAACUAUAACACAGGAAAAACCAUGAAUACAAUCCCACCCGCCUGCCAUGACAACGGACGAGCUACCCCCCCUCCACCUCCAUCCUUCCCUCCAAAAUACACUCCAGAAAUAUUUGAGCAGGUGGGGCGUGCUGUGGCGAUCUCUGCCCUGGACAUGGCAGAGUGUAACCCUUGGCCGCGACUGGUGCUUUCUGAGCACACCUGUCUGACAAAUCUCCGAGCCUGGAUCCUCAAGCACGUCCGCAACACCAAAGGACUGAACGCUCACAUCCAUGCCAACCCUCCUCCACGAAUACACCACAAUGGCAGCAAGGUGUCACCACCAAAGAGCUUUAACAAUUGUCUGUCUGGAUCUGCAUCGGAGAACACCCUCAGCCGCGUCCGCUGCAACAGCCAAAGUAGCAGCAGCCAAACACCCUCGCCGAAGAUGCACAAUUCCCCAAGUUUUACUUUCGGGUGCCCCCCACCCCGAACUCAUACACAGCACAACAGCAGCGGACGUGGAGGCAACAAAACACUCGGGCCAGUCAGAGACACUAAGCCCCAGGAGAAGAGACGCCCCCCCCAUCACCACCGCUUCAUCCUCCGGUCUCCCAGCAACAGCCACACACCCGCUCGCCCCCCACUCUCACCCCCUUCCUCCUCGUCCUCCUCAUCUUCCUCAGUGUGUGCAGCAGGCUCCUGUCCCCUCCCGGCCUCCGUCAGUAUGACAGGUCUGUACUCCCUCCAGCCCCCCAGCCUCUCCACCUUGCUCCCAUCCCUGCAGGCCCUGCCCCGCCCUGGGCUGCUCUCCAAACUGAGUCCCCUGCUCCUUCAGAGCUUACCGCCGGCCGCCAGCAGUCCAACUGGGCCCACCCCGGACUGAAUCUGACUUAAACCAUGAAACACUGGGCUCAUGUGCUUGUGCGAGAUGAUUGAGUGAGAUUGUCUUUUCAGAAACCAGCCUGGUAGUCCAUGUAGGUCAAAGCGUGCGUGCGUGCAAAACAUCACUGGUGCUAGUAAAUAAUUUUUUUCUUUCUGCACAGUAAUUACAUGUCUACAGUUUUAGCACCUUAAGGUAAAUAACACUUUCACUUGAGAGCGAAUGUGUUCCUCAGAUCUCAGCUGUGACUGAAAUGCUUUUUCUCACCGACCUUGAAUCAAGUGCUGGUUGCCGCACUGUCCUCUGGCUCUUUGUACCUCUUGGUACCUAAUAUCUGCUGUCCUAUAAGACGUUCAGAGCACACAGUAGAUGUUAUCCGUAGACAUCAUAAUAUUAUAAUAUGGAUCCAGACGAAGCUUUUUGUGUAUACAAUAAUAAGCUAAAGCUAAUUACCAUGUUACUCUGCUCACCAUUUGAAAGUAGCCGGGAGAUUUUCUUCUUUAUUCGCACAGUUGCUGUUGUGAUGCGUUUGAUUUUUGAAUUAUUUAUUGACAUAUUUUUAUAGACUGAACAUAAUCAGACUUUAUUUUCUUUAAAAGCCUUCCAAAGCACCCUCUGAUCUGUUCUGUUGUCUUUGGGUUUCGCUUUAAUGUUGAUUUGUAAAACGAUGUCACUGUCAUUUGAGGCUAAACAUUUAAAUAGCUUUUUUAAAUUUCUUAUGAUUCAAAGUGACAUUUAAAGGUUUGCUUUUAGAUUUUUGUACACAAGUCAGUUUUUCAUUCUAAAUACCAUUAAAAAUAAAUAAAUAAAUAAAAACAAAAACCUGCAUCAUUCCAAUGUCGGACCAACAUUGGUCAUGACGUUAUAAUCACAGCAUAGCCUACUGCCAGAAACUGUGUACCCUCAUUAGCUUAAGUCCUUAAGGGGCACCCACACAGGAAAUGUUUUGCGGCCAACGAAACGCUCAUUCGUUGCCGUUUACCGUCCUCUCAUACAUCAGUAAACAGCAUCGUUCCCUCUCAUUGGUCAUAGCUACAAUUUCUCUGAUUAUCGUUGACUUUGGUCACCAUGUCACUCACUUCCUGUGUGGAGACCUCAUUAUGGAUUUUGCAAUCUUGUAGCUGCUUUGGGAUAACUACGGUUGAUUUGUGGGGCUGUUUGCCAGCAAGUAGUAUUAUAUGAAAAGAAUGAGUUUAGCUUAUAGCCAGUUUGACUGGCAGGUGUUUAUUGUUUUUUUAAUAUGACACUAACACUGGUUUAGGUUAGG